AUGAGCUUACUCACACGCCAAGCAGGGCGUCUGGCACCGCUAUCAAGGUGCACGCCAUUGCAAGCGCACAGGUCAGCGUCAGGCCAUCACGGACCAGCCUUCAAUGAACCGUCGGGCAAUCUCUUUGGCGAGCCACACUUGCCGCCCGGCCAGAAGCGAGAGAGGGAGUCCUGGGAGCUCAUGUACUACUGGAUGUUCUUCGGCGGAAUGGCCGGUAUCGGCAUCGUCAAGCUUUACUCGCAAGAUCGCUCGAUUGUGAGCUGGGCUCGCAAGGAGGCUGCCAUUCGUAUGGAGGAGCGAGGCGAGACGCCGACGUAUGACAGCGUGGACGCAAAGCCCGCGUUCAAGAGCGAGUAG